AUGAUGUGGAGUCUGUGGAUCCUGCUGGGCACUCUCAGUGUGGGUGAGUAUUUUUUUCCUCCAUAAUUUAAAUGUUUUAUUUUUUAAGUACAAAAUGUUGUACAAGUUUCGAACCUGAAGAAGUAUGUGGGAGUUGUAGCUUACUGUAUUAGCUCUUUACAUUCCAAUGAAAUGUCAUCCAGAAAACACAUUGAUGAACAAAUUAAUGGUUUCAAUCUACAGUGUUUUAAUCCUGUCUUUCUCACUCCAUCUCUCUCCAUAACCCCCCCCGUCUCUCAGAUGGCUAUGCGGUGCACGACCUGCACGAGCGUCUGUCCCACGGGCGUCAGCUGAAGAUCUACCUUCCAAAGAGCUCUUCGAAGCUGGAGUUCACCCCUGCUGCAGAGCCCAUGAAGACCUACCUGUACUGGGACCGUGGCGCCCGGACCACCAAGGGACGGGUGUCUGGGACAGGAACCGACAGGCGCUGGUAUCUGGACAAGGUGACUGACUGACUCUUCAAUUGUCCAAGUCAAAUUUUCCCUAGGGGACAAUAAAGUAUAUCAUAUCAUACCACCAGAGGUCCAAUUGAGGGGGGUGUUGGGGGAUGGUAUCGUCCUUUUAACAAAAAAUACCACUUGAUUUUGAACGUUAUUAAUACAUUUACACCCCUCCGGCCAAUGCAACUACCAUCCUCUAUCUAUCUCUUUCAUUUAAUUGUAUUGUUUUUAUUGUGAAGCAAUUUUAAAUGCACUUUGAUUUGAUCUGAAGGUGACGUAUGAGGACCAGGGGACCUACGUCCAGACAGACCACUGGAACAAGGAGAUCUCCUCGCUCAAAGUGGCUGUGAACAGUGAGUGCAGGAGGGGGUAUACGGUGGGGUGAUGGGGAGAGUUGUUGUUUAGCAUGUUAUGGAAAUAUUGUCCUUUGUUGUUGUCAGUUGGUGUACAGAACCUUCUUGCAUUUUGAUCUUUUGUCUCUCCGUUUCUCUGACUCUUGCUUGCUCCUUCACUAUCUCUCUUUCCACCUACUCUCUCUCUCACCCACCCCCCUCUCUUUCUUUCACUCUCUUCCUCUAAUGCUAAUUUUCCUCUUACUUUCUCUCACCCCUUCAUGUACCUGCCCCAUCUCUGUUUCCAACUACUCUCUCACCCUUCCUUGUAACACGUUCUCACACCUUUUCUCCCCCCACCCCAGCCAGGCGUGAGUACCCGAAAUGCGUGGCAGGUGAGGACCUCUAUAUCUCAUUGGAGGGCAUCGACCUAGCCGACGCCCAACUCUCCUUCUCGGGCGCCGACGCCAAUGUCAGCCUGGUACAUGAUGGGGCCGUGGUCGCCCAGGACCACCCGGACUACUGGAACCGGGUCAAGACCUACUCCACCAAGAUCACCAUCGAGAACGUCAACACCACGGACGUGGGUUACUACAUGCUGAGGGACAGGAGAGACAGGGUUGUCUCCAUCAUCAGGAUGGAACUCACAGGUGGGGGAGUGUGUGUGUGGUUUUUUGCUGUGUCACCAUGCGUUGUUAGCUGCUCCAAACCGUGGUCUGCAUAUAUGCUGGCUGCGUCCCAAAUGGCCUAGCCCCACUUACCUAACCUCAACCCUGCCUGGGAGCAGCAACAUUAGUGUGUGUGUGUAUAUAUGAUUCUCAUCAUAGACAUAGAAUGGAUUCUAUUCUAGAAUAUAAAUUAUGCUAUUUACAGUGAGCUCCAAAAGUAUAGGGACAGUGACACAUUUUCUGUUGUUUUGGCUCUGUACGCCAGCAAUUUGGAUUUGAAAUGAUACAAUGAUGAAACUUCUACAUUAAUGUGGAUGCUACCAUGAUUACGGAUAGCUCUGAAUGAAUUAAUGGCAUUGUUAGUUGAUCCAAACCUUGGUCUGCAUAUACACUGUUGCGUCCCAACUGGCUCCCUAUGUAGUGCACUACCUUCUACCAGAGCUCUAUGGGCCCUGAUCAAAAGUAGUGCACUAAAUAGGGAAAAGGGUGCCAUUUGGUCUGCAUUGACACUGGCUGGCACUAAGUGGCUAUCCAAGUAUCAUAUUACCCUGUCAAUGGUCUUCACCACUCAGACUGCAUAUGCAUCCCAAAUGGCACCCUAUUCCCUAUUAAGUGCGCUACUGGUUAAAUGUAGUGCAUUACAUAGGUAAUUGUGUGCCAUUUGGGACGCAUACCAUGAGUGUACAAACUGAAAAUAGAGGGACAAGGAAUCUGAAUUCCCAUCUUCACUCUUUCUGCCCACCAUAUGUUUUUAAUUUUCCAAAGUGACAGUUCUCUGCUGACCUCCAGAGAAUGGAUAGGCUAGGACAGGCCAGGAGUUUAUUUGUUAUUAUGAAUUGGGUAGUUUUCAUUUUAGUCAUUUAGCAGACGCUCUUAUCCAGAGCAAUUUAUAGUAGUGAGUGCACACAUCUUCAUACUUUCUCGUACUGGUCCCCCAUGGGAAUCGAACCCACAUCCCUGGCAUUGCAGGCGCCAUGCUCUAUCAACUGAGCCACACAGGAUUGGUUGAAAGGCCUGGUACAUUUAAGCAAUAAGGCACGAGGGGGACUGGUAUAUGGACAAUAUACCACCGCUAAGGGCUGUAUCCAGGCACUCAGCAUUGCGUCGUGCAUUAAUAACAGCCCUUAGCCGUGGUAUAUUGGCCAUAUACCACACCUCCUUGGGCGUUAUUGCUUAAUUAUAGUAGGUCUCCACACAAAAAUGAUAGCAAAGAGCUGACUUCAUUCUGAUUCAGAUUAGUUGGAAUUGAGCACUCCUAUUCUCCUGUUGUACUUUGUCUGCGUCCCUAUGGGCCCUGAAGGGUAUACUACAAAGCAGGAUCAAUGAGCGUGAUUUAAUUUGAAACUUUUCUUCAACAAUGUGCAUAUAAAGAGUCAAGUAUUUAUGUAUUGCUCAGUUUACUCUCAAUAUGUUUUGCUGAUCAUGUAAGACAACCAUGCAUACAUACAUGCACUAAAAACAUACCAUGAGUGAAUUAUGGAAUUCAAACCUAUUUUAACUGCCCUACACUCUUAGAAAAAAUUGCUGGAACCAAAAAGGGUUCUUCCUGGAACCAAAAAUGGUUAUCCUAUGAGGACAGCCGAAGAAGCCUUUUGGAACCCUUUUUUCUAAGAGUGUAAGAAAGAGGCCCCUGUAGACCAGAGUGGUUGUUUCCAAUAGGCACCUACACACACUUCAAAUGGCCACCAGUCUCAGUUCUACUGGUCUCUACUGAGUUCUACUGAUCUCUACUGUGUUUCUGUAGUGUAUGUACUAAGCAUAGUCUUCUACUAAACAUGCUCUUCCUGUCCUUUGCGCUAAAUUAUCACAGUCUGUAUUUUAGUUGUAUGUUUUUUGGGCUAUUUGAGAAAGACCUCAUAGGCACCUACAGUAACUGACUCUACGAUCUCUUUCCCUCUCAUCCCAAUUACCCCUCUUUCUCUCUUUUUGCUAUCCCGAUUUCUCACCUUUCUCCCCCAUCUCUUUCACACUGACUCUCUCUUAUUCUGUCACGCUCUUUCUUUGGCCUCCUCCCCCUCCCUCUCUCCUGCCUUCCUUCUCUCAUUCCCCCCCCCCCGCCCCCCUCUCCUCCCCUCCCCUCUCCCUCCCUCCCUCCCCUCUCUCUCCCUCCAGACCACCAUGACUAUGAAGCAGCUAACCCCCUCAUGGCCCUCCUCCUCCUGCUGGGGAUCCCCGCCGGUAUCUGCUGCUGUUGCCAGAAGAAGAUCUUCAAGAAGAAAGCCCCCCACACCACAGCCAUCCUCCAGGGGACCCCCGAGACUCUGCACCCUCCUCCCGGCUACAAUAUCCCCGGAGGGGUGUCCCCUGGACCUGGUGGCCCGGUAAGGGAUAGUUUGAUGGUGGCUUGGCGACAUCCCAAAUGGCAUCCUAUUCCCUAUUUAGUGCACUACUUUUGGCCAAGCACCCCAUAGGGCUUUGGUCAAAAGUAGUACACUAUGUAGGUAAUAGUCCCAAAUGGUACCCUAUUCCCUAUAUACUGUAGUGCACUACUUUUUACCAGGGCCGAUGGUACCCUAUUCUCUAUUUAGUGGGCUCUGGUCAAAAGUAGUUCACUUUAUAGGAAAUAGGGUGCCAUUUGGGACAUAACCUUUGUUAAUAUACUGUAUACAGUGCCUUUAGAAAGUAUUCAUACCCUUUGACUUAUUCCACAUUUUGUUGUGUUACAGCCUGAAUUCAAAAUUGAUUAAAUAUAUAUUUGUUCUCACCCAUCUACACACAGUACCCCAUAAUGACAGUGAAAACAUGUUUUUAAAAAUGUGUGCACAUUUAUUGAAAAUUAAAUACAGAAAUAUCACAUUUACAUAAGUAUUCACACCCCUGAGUCAAUACAUGUUAGAAUCUCCUUUGGCAGUGAUUACAGCUGUGAGUCUUUCUGGGUAAGUCUCUAAGAUCUUUGCCCACCUGGAUUGUACAAUAUUUGCACAAUAUUAUUUUUAAAAUACUUCAAGUUGGUUGUUGAUCAUUGCUAGACAGCCAUUUUCAAGUCUUGCCAUAGAUUUUCAGCCCAUUUAAGUCAAAACAGUAACUCUGCCAUUAAGGAACGUUCAAUGUCGUCUUCGUAAACAACUCCAGUGUAUAUUUGGCAUUGUGUUUUAGGUUAUUGUCCUGCUGAAAGGUGAAUUAAUAUCCCAGUGUCUGGUGGAAAGAAGACUGAACCAGGUUUUCCUCUAGGAUUUUGCCUGUGCUCAGCUCCAUUCCGUUUAGUUAGGAAGGACACCUGUAUCUCUGUAGUGACUGGGUGUGUUGUUACACCAUCCAAAGUCUAAUUAAUAACUUCACCAUGCUCAAAGGGAUAUUCAAUGUAAGCUUUUAUUUAUGUUUACCUAUCUACCAAUAGGUGCCCUACUUUGUGAGGCAUUGGAAAACCUCCCUGGUCUUUGUGGUUGAAUCUGUGUUUGAAAUUCACUGCUCGAAUGAGGGACCUUACAGAUAAUUUUAUGUGUGGGGUACAGAGAUGAGGUAGUCAUUUAAAAAGCAUGUUAAACACUAUAUAAAGAGUGAGUCCAUGCAAUUUAUUAUGUGACUUGUUAAGCACAUUUUUACUCUUGAACUUAUUUAGGCUUGUCAUAACAAAUCGGUUGAAUACUUAUUGACUCGAGAUAUUUCAGCUUUUCAUUUUUUUAAAAUGUGUCAACAUUUCUAAAAACAUAAUUCCACUUUGAGAUUAUGGGGUAUUGUGUGUAGGCCAGUGACACAAAAUCUCAAUUUUAUCCAUUUUAAAUUCAGGCUGUAACACAAAAAAAAGUCAAGGGGUGUGAAUACUUUCUGAAUGCACUGUACAUAAUAGUAUAUGCCAUAUAGUACCCACUUUGGUAACACUUUACUUGACACCCAGCGUCAUAACACGUUAUGACUUGGUCAUAACCAUGUCAUAAUAUAUCAUAACAGCUGACAUAAUUUGUCAUAACUAUUAUAAUAUGGUCAUAACACUGUCAUGAUACAUAAAUUUAGACCUGUUGUGACAUAUAUUGCAUUAUUUAAUGGCUGGUUAUGACACCUACAAAAGAGUGUAAAAACCCACAACCUGCCACGGUAGUUAUUUUAUGGCUGGUUAUGACACCUACUUAAGAGUGUCAAAACCCACAAAACCUACCACACAAGGCAAAACAUUCCAUUACACCAUAGCCUACAUGUCAACAGUAUGUUUAUGUUAUAUAUAUAUUUUUUUAAUUGACCAUAUUAAAUUAUCAUUGUAAUUGUGCACACAUUGAUGUAAUGUAAUUUGAAUAAAUGUGGGUUUGACACUCUUAUGUAAAAUAACACAAUAUAUGUCACAACAGGUGUUAAUAAUGGGUCAUGACAGUGUUAUGACCAUAUUAUGACAAGUUAUCUCAGCUGUUAUGACAUAUUAUGACCGUGUCAUAACGUGUUAUGACACUGGGUGUGAAGUAAAGUGUUACCGACACUUAAUCCAAAGCAUUUUAAAAUAUAUGGGUGGUCGCAUGAAUCAGACCCACUAUCCUGGCGUUGCAAGCACCAUGCUAUACCAACUGAGCUACAGAAGACCACAUGUUGCCCUUAGGUUCCUUAUGUCUCCCCUCUCACUCCUUGAUGUACUAUCAUAAUGACAUUGCAGUGAUGUUUUGUGAUUGAACGGUCGGUAAUAACAUAAAUUGUGUUUUUGCUGUGAUUAUUGCAGGUAUUUUAUCAUGGUCCAGGCCCAGAUCCUAACAUGGUACAUGAUGCAUGUAUUAUUACUCAAUUAACUACACUGUGGUGUGUUGUGUUGUACUGGAAUGAAGUAGUGUGUGUGGUUAUCGGCUUUGUGUUACUGAUCUGAACGACAAGCAAUAAUGCCUUUGUAUGUGUAUCGUUUUCUUAUUUUCAUGUUAGUCAUGUCAUGAGCACUGUGCGUGUAGCAUGUGUGUAUUAAAUAUAUAGAUGUACCUAUGUCUAACUGUGGGUGUCCAUGUACAGUAUCUGUGUAUGUAUAGUAUGUGUAUGAGGAUAUACUGUAAUGGAUAUAUAGUCUGAGCAGGGAUGGAAAUGAAGCUAGCCCGAGUCUAGUACUUUUCAGACUGGGCUAGUAGUAAAUGCCCAGUAAAAUGUUGUCUUUUCAAACAUUGCAUGGCACAGAUUUUGGACCCAAAAUCCUUAAAUUGCAUCCCUGAAUAUGACUAUAUAAAGGUAUAUUUGAGUCCCUCUGUCUAACUGUAGGAACUGUGGUGCUCCUCCAUGUACAGGGAGGUUACCCCCAGGUCUACUCUCCCCCCAACCCUGGGAUGCCUGGCCAGCCUCAGUGGACCGGACCCCCAUUCCAACCAGUGAGUCAAUCCAUUCAUCUCUCCUUCACUCCUCCUCUCUCUCCAUCUGUUAAUGUGAUCACUUAGCAGCACAACUGUAAGGUCCGAAAGCAUAGAAAACGAAGGAGAUGGGUAGAGAAUGUCUGGCCCAUAUGGCACCCAUUCCCUUUAUAGUGCACUACUUUUGACCAGGGCCCAUAGAGUGCCAUUUGGGAUACAUCCACUGUCUAUGUACAGGAGGGUUGGGGCUGAGUUAGGGGCUGUGAAGCUACACUAACCUUCCAGUAAUAAGGUUAUGUCUGUCCCAGUUGAUUAAUAAAUCAGAUACAGUUGAAGUCGGAAGAUUACAUACAUACUCAGCCAAAUACAUUUAAACUCAGUUUUUCACAAUUCCUGACAUUUAAUCCUAGUAAAAAUUCCCUGUUUUAGGUCAGUUAGGAUCAGUUAGAAUGUGAAAUGUCAGAAUAAUAGUAGAGAGAAUGAUUUAUUUCAGCUUUUAUUUCUUUCAUCACAUUCCCAGUGGGUCAGAAGUUUACAUACACUCAAUUAGUAUUUGGUAACAUUGCCUUUAAAUUGUUUAACAUGGGUCAAAUGUUUUGGGUAGCCUUCCACAAGCGUCCCACAAUAAGUUGGGUGAAUUUUGGCCCAUUCCUCCUGACAGAGCUGGUGUAACUGAGUCAGGUGUGUAGGCCUCCUUGCUCACACACGCUUUUUCAGUUCUGCCCACAAAUGUUCUAUAGGAUUGAGGUCAGGGCUUUGUGAUGGCCACUCCAAUACCUUGACUUUGUUGUCCUUAAGCCAUUUUGCCACAACUUUGGAAGUAUGCUUGAGGUCAUUGUCCAAUUGGAAGACCCAUUUGCGACCAAGCUUUAACAUCCUGACUGAUGUCUUGAGAUGUCGCUUCAAUAUAUCCACAUCAUUUUCCUUCCUCAUGAUGCCAUCAUGAUGCCAUCUAUUUUGUGAAGUGCACCAGUCCCUCCUGCAGCAAAGCACCCCCACAGCAUGAUGCUGCCACCCCCGUGCUUCACGGUUGGGAUGGUUCUUCGGCUUGCAAGCCCCCCUUUUUCCUUCAAACAUAACGAUGGUAAUUAUGGCCAAAGAGUUCUAUUUUUGUUUCAUCAGACCAGAGGACAUUUCUCCAAAAAGUACGAUCUUUGUCCCCAUGUGCAGUUGCAACCCGUAGUCUGGCUUUUUUAUGGCAGUUUUGGAGCAGUGGCUUCUUCCUUGCUGAGCGGCCUUUCAGGUUAUGUCGAUAUAGGACUUGUUUUACUGUGGAUAUAGAUACUUUUGUACCUGUUUCCUCCAGCAUCUUCACAAGGUCCUUUGCUGUUGUUCUGGGAUUGAUUUGCACUUUUCGCACCAAAGUACGUACAUCUCUAGGAGACAGAACGUGAGCGGUAUGACGGCUGCGUGGUCCCAUGGUGUUUAUACUUGCGUACUAUUGUUUGUACAGAUGAACUUGGUACCUUCAGGUAUUUGGAAAUUGCUCCCAAGGAUGAACCAGACUUGUGGAGGUCUACAAUUUUUUUUCUGAGGUCUUGGCUGAUUUAUUUUGAUUUACCCAUGAUGUCAAGCAAAGAGGCACUGAGUUUGAAGGUAGGCCUUGAAAUAUAUCCACAGGUACACCUCCAAUUGACUCAAAUGAUGUCAAUUAGCCUAUCAGAAGCUUCUAAAGCCAUGACAUAAUUUUCUGGAAUUUUCCAAGCUGUUUAAAGGCACAGUCAACUUAAUGUAUGUAAACUUCUGACCCACUGGAAUUGUGAUACAGUGAAUUAUAAGUGAAAUAUUCUGUCUAAACAAUUGUUGGAAAAAUUACUUGUGUCAUGCACAAAGUAGAUGUUCUAACCGACUUGCCAAAACUAUAGUUUUUUAACAAGAAAUUUGUGGAGUGGUUGAAAAACGAGUUUUAAUGACUCCAACCUAAGUGUAUGUAAACUUCCGACUUCAACUGUACUCUCAAUAGGCCAAUCUUCGUCAACAAGCAAUAUGCCUCUGUGUGUGACGGUGUUGUUUUGCUGUGGUUUGUUUCAGGGGUUCAACCCAGGCUACCCCCCACAGGACCCUAUGUACCCCCCCACCCAGCCCCUGCAGUGGAACGGCCCGCCGCCCAACCAGCCACAGCAUAACCCUGGUGCUCCUCCUAUGGUAGGUCUCUCUACACUACCCUACUCUAUUAUAUUAUUCUCUUCUACUCUGUUCUAUCCUACUCUAAUCUGUUCUAUUCUACUCGACUCUACCCUACUAUAUUCUAUUCUACUCUUCUACUCUGCUCUGUUCUAUUCUACUCUACUCUGUUCUAUUCUACUCUACUCUACCCUACUAUAUUCUAUUUUACUCUACUCUACCCUACUAUAUUCUAUUCUACUCUACUCUGUUCUAUUCUACUCUACUUUCUACUCUACCCUAUUCUACCAUAUUUGGUUCUAGUAUAGAACACUCAACUCAGCCUCUACUCCUCUUCCCUCUAUUCUACAAUCUAUCUCACUCUGCAUUCCUUCUGACCCCUAAGUGGAGUGGGCCGCCUAACCAGUAUCAGUAUCCCGUGGCUCCGAUGGUAUAUAUCUACUCUACUUAACCAUAGUCUAGCGUCUCUUCCCACUCCGCCCCAUCACCCUUUUCCUCUGUGUCUACAGAUGUCAAAUCUUAACUUGUACCUGCAUUGUACCUUAUGUAGGCUACAUGCAGGCUACAGCACAUUCUUAAGUGGAUUAUAAUAAAUUAACAUAUUUGUAGGAGGUAGAUGUAUUUUUUGUUAAUUUUUUUAAUCAAUUGUUUUAUUAUAUGUUGAAGGCAAGCAAUAGGCUAAAUAAAUUAUACAUUUCCUUAGUGCGUGUGGUCCAGAGGUUACAGCCACUGACAAUGGCGCACAUAUGUCCGAGUCGGCAUGGGUUUAAAUCUGGCCCGCUACAUAUGGAUGAAUGUCUUCUUUUGACACAUUAAUUCCACGCGGUUACAGGGUUAAAACAGAAACAACUCAAAGGUUAACAGUUUAGGCAUUAAUUCAGAGUGGUUAAGGUUAGGGUUUAAAACAAAAAAUUUGAAAACUACGCACCUAUGUUUCAUCAGUAUUUAUAGUAUUCUUAGUGCUUGUGAAAGUAUAGUGAACUGUCGUAGCGAAGUGGUCUAAGCAGCGUGCUCUGGCUCUGAACCUCAUGAGUUUCUACCCAGUGCUGGGUGAUAUAGAGACCAGCCUGAGCCUAUAUUAGGCCCACAAGUUAAUUGCAUUUAUUUCAAUGUUUUCAAGAAGUAAAACAAAUAGUCUAAUAAUUUACACAUUAAAGAAAAGUGUCUCAGCUCAACUAAAUCAUCUUUGGAUAGACUCAAAUGCAUAAACAUCUUGACAGCUUUACGAAAUGAAAUAUUAAAGCCACACAAUACAGGCUCUCAAUCCACACCAAAGACCAGAACUAUAUUGACAAAUUAUACAUAGCCUAAUUAUAAAACGUGGACGAGAGGGCGAACAUAUAGUAGGCCUACAUCUGUCAAUCAACUGAUGGCCCAAAUCACCUCAUCAACUGAGCCAGGGAAACACUGUACCCUAUUAUCUGUUUUCACACCUUUCAUUAUGUGACAAUGGAUAGGCUAAUGGUUAGUCUACAGAAUGUAGCCUAUUGGAAUUUUAUCAAAUAACAAGGGGCCUAUUGCAACCAUCGAUGGCACUAGAUUAUCGCCAGCUGAUGUCUCGUUAAACCAUCAAUACUCGCUAAAUUCCCCCGCACAGCUGAUCUCAAUUAGAACCAUUACUGGUCACCUCAUUACCGCUCCCUAAAAGAUGAUGUCGAUGUUACGUUAGUCCUGCUUGCAACCAAAGUCUUUCAAGAUAUGUUUUUCUAAUGUUGGUGUAGCCUACUGUUAUUAUUUUAUUCAUUUCCUAUUUAUGUUAUCCAAAAGUGUCUGGUAUGGUCAUUUCUUAUCAAGAUCGGGAGUAAAAUAUUCCUGGACUGUCCGUAUUUGAAAGGUGUACAUAAAUCAAGUCAAUCGGGGGAAUUUAGUUAUUUGUGCCAGAAGAGUGUGGGCUGGAAUCAAACCCAAGCUGACAAGAUAGACCUAUAUGUGCGCACUGAAGACAGCAGCCCUAACCGCUAGACCACCCCAGGGAACAAUUGAACUAAAUUUUGACCUGAUAAACUUGACACUUGUAUGUCGAAGCCUAGUGGAGACCAAUAUCUAUAUUAUGUUAUUAGGCUAUAUAAAACGACAGAUGUUGAUGUGUAUGGCUGCAUUUCAGAUACAUUUUUGUACAUUUGAACAUUGUAGUAGCAUUUGAGCGAGCGAGAGAGGAAAUUAUUUUGAUAGCAAAUCCCAAUGAGUCGACUGCCCCCUCAUGGAGGGAAAGAUAACCGCUCUUUUUCAGGGACUCUCGAAGGCUCAUUUGAAUUUUUUGAUGCAGCAGGAGAAUUCUUAGCGACAAAAGAGGGAUCAAGUUAAGAUCCGACAUCUGUAUCUGUCAUAUGCUGCUCCAGUUUUGAUCCUUCUCAUCUCAGUGUGUGUGAAUGUGUGUGUGUGUGCGUGUGUGUGCUUGUAAGCACACGUGUGUGUGUGUGUACAUGACAUGUAUUUGUGUGACUAAUUGUGUGUGUUUCAGGGGUAUGCUCCGGUGAUGUACAGUGCCCCUCCUCCAGGUGAGCCAGUGAAGGAGGAGAUAAAGAUGGAGAACAUGUCUCCUGCUAAUCCCCUCCUCGCCCACCCCCCACAACCCCCCCAGGUCAGUUCUGUCUCUCUCUCUCUGUCUCUGUCUCUGUCUCUGUCUCACACACACACACUUGCUAACUUUAUGGAUACAUGGUUUUCAUUAACUAUCAACUUUCACUCCCUAGGCGUCAUCGCCAUACGCCCCCAUGCCUGCACCUGCCUCUGACGUCCUGCACUCCUCCGACGGAGCCUACCAGUUUAACAUCGACACAGGAAAGAACACCACCACCAAUGCCACCAACUUCCUGUAGAACACCACCCAAUGGCCCAAUCAGGAGCGGCCCUUUCAACGUAAUGGGGGCUCCGUCCCAAUAUGGCUCAAUUGCUUCCUUUCUUCGUCUCCUUUCCUCGUCGCUUUCCCUGUGUGACCACUGAUAUUAAUGGAAGGUAUAAACCAUGGGGGCUGUUUGCGAUUCAAAUUAGGGAGAUGUUAAACAGGAGAAGUGCUAAUGAAUUUACCAACAAAAAUGCAGAGAUCCAUCCCAGUUUUGUUUUUUUAUUACAUGGUCUGUGAAAAAACUGCUGACAUGACUAGGUCUCGAGCUGGGUUUUUAUUUAAUGUGGGUAUUUUUACCCCCUACCCAUUUCACAUAAACAAACAAAGGUAACAAAAUGUAAAACAUAAUGGUUUUUGUCUCUGUGUAAAUGGGGUAUUAGUGAAGGAAAGGAGAUAAGGAAAGUAGGUAAUUGGGACAUGCUCCUAUUUCCUGUAAAGGGACAGGAAGUGCCCAUUAGCUGUGAUACAGACCUGUCAAAAUGGCUGAAACAGACGCUGGAAGCAUUGGAUUGGUGCAGGAAUGGCUGAAGGUAGUUUCCACCAUAUUCCCAGUCCAUUUAUUUUAAAUAUACUAAUGUGAUAAUGAUGAAGCACUCUUCCUCUCCUUCUGCACGGAGAAUGAUUUGCCUCAUGUCCUUGUCAUGUAAAAUUACACUCAUUCUAACACUGAAGUCCUAUUUAAUCUGCCAUUUGUGCUUAUUUAAGGUACAAGUCCACACUUCGGGAGAAGGGUAGAGAAUUGGAAUGUAGCCAGAGUCUAGGGGCGAGGGUUGGGAAGGCACUGGAAAGGGUAGGUUAUUUUACAUUUAUUGUUUUAAAUGUGUAGCCUUAGAUUUUUUCUAACUUGUCUUUUUUUAAACUCAACAGUAAAGAUGGUAUCUAUCAAACACUCCAACUGCCAACCAUCUAGCAAAAAAACAAACAAACAAACAUGAUCAUUAUCCAACCAGAGAAUUCAGAACCCACAUCACACCCAGUCAUCAUCCAAUCAGAUGGUACCAGGAAAACUCAUCAUCACCAUGAAUAGACUAAGCAAAGCUCUCUAUAAACAAAUAUAUACAUGUAAAUACGAUAAAAAAUGCCUUUACGUUCCAAAGUAUAGUUUGUCAUUAUAUGCAUGAUGGACCAUUUUAGUACUUUAUAUGAAACUACUGUCAUUUCAACAGGGUAUGCAGAGUAAAAUAACUGUUUUGGCAGCUGAUGAUUAAAAACAAUUGGGAGGCAGGUGCUAUUUUAUCAGGCCCAAAUAGCCCCUUAUUCCUUACAUAGUUCACUACUUUUUACCCGAUUAAAUGUCAUUCCUGUGCAUCUGUUCUCUUGUAUUGUUAUCACGUUAGGUUGAACACUGACAGUUUUGUAGCGUCAAUGAGGCUAACAGAGAUGUAUGAGUUCCUCAAGAGCCUAUGCAAAUCGCAAAGUUGUAAUAGUUACCACUUUAUUGCUGUAUAUAAUCAGCAAUGUUAAUAUUAUAUUAGAACAUGUAAUAUGCAUAAAUAUUCAAGAAACAUUUUAAUUUGCAGUGUACAAACUUAACAUGAUGAACAGCAAUGACAAUUAUGCCAACGGGUGACCAAAAAUAACUAUCUUAAAGCCACACCUCCAAUAAGCCACGCCUCUAAUAUGAUAGGCUGCCACCUCUAAAAUAUAUGAUUAAAAAGGUUCAGAAUUGAGCCCCUCCCAUCACAAAAAGGUUUUAACCUUUACACAAGGGUUCCUCAAAGACCCUUUUCAGAGGGAUUCCUCAUGGAACCUUUUUCAACUGGAAAGGUUCCGCCGGUGUGGCAACCCAAAAGGUUAUUCCAGGCACCUUUAUUUCUGUAGGGAAUAGGGUGCCAUUAGGGAUGCAGACAUCUUGGUUUAAAAGAAGGCAAAUUAUGCUAUUUAUAUAUCAAGACAUAUUUAAUGUCUCGUUUAACAAUGAAGCACUCCUGAAGGUUAUACAGACAUUGUCUUCAUCCCCUCAUCGACCCUAGAUGCUGAUCUUGGGUCAGUUUUGCAUUUUGGGUCAGUUUUGCAGGUUAGGAUUGCGGGAUGGGAAGCUGAUCCUAGAUCUGUACCUAGGGGAGGGAACCUUCACCCUGGAGGCUCCUCAACUCAGGUCACGU